AUGAAAUCGGUAAAAGAAGAAAGAAGUAAAUCCGAUAAAUUUGUCAUCAUUAGUUCAGAUCUGUCACAUCAUGUUAAGCCACAUAAUGUUCCAUGCUCGCAACUAAUCGUAUUUGGUGACGAUUUCACUGAUGAUGGUAUCGAAUUUAACACACAUUCACAUGGUUUUACAAGAAAUUCAAAUGGUCCGGUAUGGCCGGAAUAUUUAAAUCGAAUGCUUGAAUGUGAUGAAUAUAUAAAUUAUGCAUACAGUGGAGCACGGAGUGGCUACAACAAUAUGUUUUUCUCAGAUUGGUCAGGAAUAUUAUGGCAGAUCGAAUAUCAUUUCAUGAAUCGACGCAUUCUGCCAAAAGAUCCCUUGAUCAUUUUACAAGUAGGUGGAUUAUCGGAGUUAAUGCUGCAACAAAAGGACAUCAAUGAAUCGAAUAACGCUGAUGAGAUGAUUAUUCAGAAUAUAGCACGUGCUGUAUUGGGUCUAAUCAAUACCAUGGAUAAUGGUAUUAUAAUAAUUAUGAAUAUGAUUGAUCCAUUUGAAGCACCAGGUUAUGCGAUAUUUGCCUCAAAUGGGAAUGAUAACUUGGAUAUAUCUUCCAAGGUUUCGCAUAUCAAUUCGAAACUUUGGAGGUUGAUGACAAUCAAAGGUCACGAAAAUCGACAAGUUAGGCUGUUCGAUUUGAACGCAGCCAUUGUUGAUGCCACAAGAGGGUUGAAUACAAAUGAACCAUUCACGUACCAACAAAGUAAUAUGACAUCACUUAAGGUAUUCGACUAUGCUUAUCACAAUCAGUGGUAUCCAUCAACAUUGGUGCAUCAUAAAAUUGCGCAAAAAUUAGUCAGAUUUCUGGAAGAUUUAUGA